AUGCGAAAAAUGUGUCAGUCUCAUACAGUUCAGAAGAAAGAAUCAAUAUCAGAUGAGUGGUUUUCAUCAUUACAAUAUCUGAAUGCUAAAAUAGAUGAUUUAACGAUAUCUAAUUCUUUUUUAGAUAGUGCAAGUGAGUUAAGGGGAGCGAAUGAUGCAACAAUUAAUGCACUUGGAUGGAAAGAAGAUAAGCCAUCGGACUUCGCAAUAAAAGGUAAUUCCAAACACAUUACCGAUUCAUUGGGAUGGUUUACUGAUGUACCAAUCAGUAUAAAGGAUAAGAAUGGUAAAACUGUAACAGCUACUGGAAAUUUUACUCAUAUUGAUAAUGGAGAACCAGAACCAAUAUUAUGUUUAGGUAUGACAUGGAUUAGGAAAGUUCAAGGUGUCCUCGAUCCAAAUAAAAAUCAAUUCCGAAUGAAGUUACAUGGGAAAGCUUACAUUAUCCCAACUUUUAGCAAAACUCCAGAAAUUGAAGAUCCACCAAAAGAAGAUCAGGACCAAGUAUCUACCGAUUCCUCUAACCCGACUAGUGAGGAGGAUUUAAAAAAAAGUGUGAAGAGCUUGAAGAGCGACUAA